AUGAUCCUUGGCAUUGAGCCGUCCGCGGAUCCAGUCUUGCAGAGCAGAUUGUACUCGUACCCUGACACGCACCGCCACUGCGUGGGCGUGAAUUAUCAGCAGUUGCCUGUCAAUGCCCCCCGAGUGAACUACCGUAUGGGUAAUCCAGCGGGAUUGUGCUAUGGCAUUUAUGAACGAUCGAAUUACAUUUCCAGCAUUGAGCCAAUUGAGUUUAAGGAAAGACAGGUAGAACUCGAUAGAAUGCAUGCGCAUUUCGCGAGUAAUGCCGUAACAUUCCUCUCUGAGAUUCGCCAUGAGGAUUUCAGUGCCCCGAGGAAGCUGUGGGAGAAGGUAUUUGAUGAUAAGGCCAAGGAGAGGGUCACCUCGAAUAUGUCCGGACAUAUGGAGAAUUGUAAGGAGAAGGAGAUUAUCAAGCGACAGAUUAGCAUUUUCCGCGAGAUGAGUAAGAAUGUCGUGAGUAGAUUGGAAAAGGCCACGGGCGUGAAGGAUUAUGAUGGGAUUAAGGAUUUGAAGCUUACUGGGACGCAUAAUGGGAUGGCAAGGAAGAGGAAGGAGGAGGAUAAGGUUGCGAAUGGAAUGGGUGAUAAGAAUGUCCAGUUGAGUAGAGUGGAGGCCAGUGGUGCCUGCCGGGACUGCUCCCGCAGGGGGAGGUGGGGCUCUUACGCUGCCAAGGCCAUCUCCAAAAAUACUAAUCGCGCAAGAAGAAAACAGGAGUGCUGUUAG